UACCAACAAGGCAAACUUUACACAAUGUCCUCCGAUUUGGAAAUGCUGAGUGCUCCUCCGACAUCCGCGGGUAGUAAUGGAACGUCCCGGUCAGCUAUCGACGUUGCUGACCUCUCCGAUAAGCGCGAUAUCGGUAACCUUGCGCACUGGUCAUUAUCUUCCUUCAAGCCUGGUUUUGGCAUUCCGCAACUGCGCAGCGAGAACAGUGAACAGUACUGGCAAUCAGACGGUCCACAACCACAUUUCAUCAACAUUCACUUCCCGAAACGGGUGGCGGUCAAUUACUUGUCAAUAUACACGGACUACAAGCAAGACGAGUCCUAUACGCCGAAUAAGAUUGGUAUCAAGGCUGGUACCGGCUUUCAUGACUUGCAGGAAGUCACCGUUGUUGGCAUGAAUGAGCCCACCGGCUGGACACAUGUUCCUUUGGGCGACUUUGGCAAUAUGGGUAUGCUCCGUCUACAUCUGAUUCAAGUCUGCAUUCUCGGCAAUCACCAAAAUGGAAAAGACACACACGUCCGGAACGUCAAGGUCUUUUCUCCGAGGCAUGACGAGUCUGAAGCACUUAUUGCUGGGCCGGGGUUGGCCGUCAAAAUCUUGCCUUUCAUGGAUCCUAGUUUUGAGUAUGCAGUGCGAUGAGCGCGAACGAGAGAGAAUCGCGAAGAGAAUCGCGAGAUAUGGCCUUGUACUGGCCUACUGCUCAGGCGAGGCUUAUUGAGGAAGAGUUGGGCUCCGCGUAGUAGGAGAACCACAGGAGGUGCAUUCUUGGCACUGCUGACAUGAGGAGAGGACUGCAGUGGUCGCUUCCGGGCACAGUACCCCGGAUUACUCACUCCCUGGAGUAUGAAAAGCAUGUAUAGACGAGAAGGAUAGAACUGCCAAUGGUAUGAGAUCUAAGGUACAGGACUGGGAACUACAAUGGAUCUUGGGCUUCGUGGUGAGGGUUCUUUUUCCUCUGAGGAGAGCGUCAAAAGUGUACAAAUAAAU